GCCUAUUUGCAUCAUUAGAAAAGUCAGCCAGCAGUGCUUGUGCAGCUUCACUGAACGAUGGACGGAUCAGGGACAGUUUUGCCCCUGCAAGAAUUCAUCGCGUCCUUGGAUUGUGAUGCACUGCCUCGCAUUUUACAAGUUUGCUCCGGGGUUUACUUUCAAGGGUCAGUGUAUGAACUGUCAGGGAGUGAGGUAUGUCUGUCCACUGGGGACCUUGUGAAGGUUAUUGGCCUGAAACUUCUGUCUGGGAGCUGUGUGGACAUUGCUACCGAUAGCACAUGUGAACUUCCGGUUGACCACAAAGGCCUGUUUAAGAUGGUGGCAGAAGAUAUGCCGUACGACUCCCUGGAGGAGAUGGUGAGCCUGUUGCCUGUAGGGGUGGACACCGUGGGCUCCCUCUCCUUCAUCAGCCGCUCUGAGCUGAUCAUCGACAACUUCAUUGUGCCGGCGGGCCAGGAGCUGACCUUGCUGUCGUCCGAGCAGGGCUGCGCCCGCUGCCAGGUGACCGGGCCAGAGGGGUCGACGGCCGAGGUGCGCAUCCCCCUGAAUCACUGCGGAGCGUUUUACGAGAGCCAGAGCGAGCACGGCUACUCCCUGGAGGAGAUCCUGUCGUCCACGCGACUCCGGAGUCGCCGCUUCCGCAGCCUCAAAGCCAAGGCCUGCGGAGGCCCACUGGUGUUCUCACCCAUCUACCAGAUCGAGGCCAUCAUGCACAUGAGGAAAAACGUCGUGAACUUCCCCUCGAGCCUGGAGGUAGACGUUGUCGACGUGACCGACGAGUGCAAGAAUGUGGAGUUCGUCAAACCCCUCACUCUGGUGGAGGUGAGCGCCCAGCCGCCGGACGCCUUCCCCACCGUGGCCGAGAUCCUGGAGGCUCCAGAGGGCUCGCGGCACCUCUUCAGCAGUGCCUGGCACACGCAGCUCCAGAACGGCCACAGGCUGCUGCUGCAUGGCUGUGGUCGGACCAACAUGGUCCUGGCCUCCACGCCCAAGGGGCGCAAGGCGCAGCAGUACUUCCUCAUCUGGCACAGCUACGGGGGGCGGCUGCGGCGCAAGGCCCGGGAGUUCGGCUCGGUGUACGAGCUGUACGUGGCCUCGUCCAGGGCGGCCGACGGGCUGCGGGUGAGCGUCACGCGGAACUGCGAGGCGGUGGAGGAGGAGGGCCUGCCCGAGCUGGACAUUGGAGACCAGCUGGACGUGUUGAGGUGCGAGCAGGUGGAGCUGGCCGGGGUAGCGGGGGACAAACAGAAGGUGGAGGCGCUCGUGUGUAGGCGAAGAGCAGAGGAAGACGAUGAUGAUGAUGACGAUGACGACGAUGAUGAAGGAGAUGAGGAAAGAGAAGGGAAGGGGAGCAGAGAGGACACUAUCUAUUUGCCGCUCUAUAUGGGCGCCCAGUUUGUGGAGGUCAUCACAGACAAGAAGAAGUACACGCUGGCCGAGCUCGGGAAAGACUCCUGGCUGCCGCUGGACAUCAAGGUGGCCACGCGGGACCCUGGCCUGGAGAAGGACCCUCUGACCGGGCUGCCGGCUCUGAGGCUGGAGGAGGCGUCGGCCGAGCCCACCGUCCUGGCCAGCUUGCUGGACAAACCGCAGCACUGUUUCCAGCUGCCCACUCAGUGGCUGCACAUGUCCGUGUCCUUCACUUCCGACGCCCUGCCCUGGCCCAAGGGUCAGCCUCCAAAACUCUACCAGGAGACGGUCACCGAGGUCAAGGAGCAUUUCUACUACGAGUUCCGCAAACUCACCAACAUAGAGUCAGCCCCGCCACCCCGGCCCCCCAAGAGGAAGACAUCAGUGGGGAAGCCAAAGAAGCCGGCCAAAUCAGACGUGUCCAGGUCUGGCAUCCCAGCAAAGAGCAGGAGUCUGUCCAGUAGCUUCUCCCAAUUAGAAUUGGAGAGUGAGAAGCCAAAAAGAAGUCCUGCCCCACCGCUACCAAUGAGCACUGAAGAUGAACCCCCACCGGUGCGUCCUAGAAAACCCGACACAAGGAAAGGAAGCACAUCGGUGCCAAGUACGAAUGUGAAGGAGCCCCAGAAAAACACAAUUCCUAUCACUGAAGAUGAACCCCCACCACUGCUUCCUAGAAAACCCGACGCAAAGACUGGAAGUACAUCAGUGCCAAACACUUAUGUAAAGGCGCCACAGAAAAAAAAGGGCAAAGAGAGGCAAACAUCAGACAGCGACGACCAUGACUAUGAGACGGUGGAGGAGAUGGUGCGAAAUGCUCAGGAGAGCGUCAUGUACUACUGACUUACCAGCCAAGCAGUUCGGCAAGCUAAAGGCCAGUUCAAACCAAAGAUUCGCGACGGUCUGAAACGGUUGCGGAGAGCAGUUGCGGCGGUGUGAAUCAAAAGUUGCAAGCAGUUGCAAGCAGUUGCAAGCCGUCGCUAAACAUUCAACAUGUCAAAUCUUAGUUGCAGAGUUUUAGAACGUUGCUGGUUUUUAGAAUGUUGCAGCUCGUCUCGUCGCGGAUCUUGUGUUUGAACUGGCCUUAAGACAACCUCAAGGGUUCCUACGUGUGUGUGUGUGUGUGUGUGUGUGUGUGUGUGUGUGCAGACAAACUGAAAUAUGCACUGAAUUCUCAGUCAAGUCGUUAUGAGUUUUUGUAAACCUGCAAACACCGCUAGACAGAAAGUACUUAAGCGCUGUAGGUCAACUUUAGAUGUGCCUGCUUUUUUAACUUUCUUAUGUAUGGUGUGAUUCUAUGUAGCAUAUUCUGUGUGCAACAAGACUGAGCAAAACUGCAAUUUGUAUAUACAUAUUUAAGAAAAGAUGUUUUUAAUUGUUUUGUUUAACAGACAAACAAGAAUAUUCAUAGACAAAUAUCACCAAGUAAUGUUAUGAGUAAUGUUUUUGCUUACAUUAUAAAACUAAUGACCUUA